AUGGGGAGUGAACAGAUUGUAGGACAAGCUCUUGCAAGCGUUCUUCCAAAACAUCAGAAAUCUUGGUUUCGCAUACCACAUUUACUUCACCUGAACUUCAUUUUGCUCGUACCUCUUCUGUCUCCUGCCGUUGGUGGCUAUGAUGGAUCUUUGAUGAAUGGUCUCCAGGCCUUGCCCUCAUGGAAAUUCUAUUUCAGAACCCCACAAGGGCAGACCAUGGGGGUGGUCAAUGCAGCCCAAUCCAUAGGCAGCGUCCUUGCACUUCCACUUGCUGGUUUUAUCUCUGAUCGAUUUGGUCGCAAGAAAACACUACUUUGCGGGGUAAUUACAGUGAUCAUUGCAUCGGCUAUUCAAACAGGCGCUGUCAAUCUCGGUAUGUUCAUCUUUUCACGUGUCUUGGUAGGAAUGGGAACCAUCUUAGUUGUCCAGCCAUCACCUAUGCUCAUCAGCGAACUCUGUUACCCGACCCAUCGCGGCAAAUACACGUCGUUGUAUUAUACGUUCUUCUAUCUUGGAUCGGUUGUCGCUGCCUGGUGUACCUACGGAGCCGAGAAAAACCUUGGAAGUUCCGACUGGGCAUGGAGGGGACCAUCCCUUGCUCAAGCGGGCUUUUCAAUUAUCCAGCUGAUUAUGUAUCCCUUCCUUCCGGAGUCACCUAGAUGGCUUAUUGCCAAUGGAUACAUCACAAAAGCGAGAGAGAUCCUAGCCCGGUUUCAUGCCGGUGGGGACUCAAACCAUCCUCUCGUUGAGUUCGAGAUGCAAGAGAUCACAACAGGGAUAUCGUCAGAACACGCACAACAUAAAACAUCUUGGAGUAGCAUGGUGGACUCACCUGGGAAGCGCAAGCGGCUUCUCAUAACAAUAUCUCUGGGUAUUUAUUCCCAGUGGUGUGGUUCGUCCGUUGUCUCAUACUAUCUACCCUUGGUCCUGGAAAGUGUGGGGAUUGAGGACCCGAAAACACAAACACUGAUCAACGGAUGCCUCCAACUGUUCAAUUUCUUUGCUGGUGUUAUGGCGGCAUUUUUGGUUGAUUAUCUCGGACGUCGUGCUCUCUGGAAUUGGGGAGGCAUAGGAAUGCUGGUAUCGUUUGUGAUUUGGACAGCUUGUUCCGCCCUCUUCGAUCAAAAUUCGCAGAACAAUUCUGCCGGCAUGGCGGUAAUCGCCUUCAUCUUCAUCUACUAUUUCCACUACGACAUCGCCUAUUCGGUUCUUAUCCUGUCUUACCCAACCGAGAUCUUGCCUUACUCAAUGCGGUCCAAGGGUCUCAGUAUUGAAUUGGGCGUUAUCUAUGGCUCCCUCAUCGUGCUCUCGUUCUUGAAUCCAAUCGCAAUGGCCAGUUUCGGAUGGAAAUGGUAUUUACUUUUCUGUGUCAUCCUUGUGAUCUCGAUUGUGACGAAUUGGAUUCUUCUUCCCGAGACAAAAGGACGUUCUCUGGAGGAGAUAGCGGAGCUUUUCGGUGAUUCAACCACUGAAGUAAUCCCGAGCGAGAAAGAGAAUAUUCAAAGUGAGGUCAGCCACGUUGAAGAGGCAGAAGUGGUCAAGGAAGGACCCAAAGCUCCACAAAUUUCUUCCUUCCGCAAUUAA